CACGUGACAUAGCAACGCGUUCAGUAGCAACAAGCGGCAAAACUGUAUGCACACACAUUUUUACCGGUGCACAAUUUUCGUCACAGAAAUGAGUUACGGAGAGAGGUUUAACAAAACGAAUGUUUACAAAGUUCCUUACGCCUACAUGCCAAGCCAGCAAUUCAGGAGACCUGUCCAAAACUGGACUGCUCCCUCUAGCUACAGACCUAACCCCUAUAAGUGGGUGAACCCAAGUCUGAGGUCUGAUGCUGACCAGUACAAGGCUGAUCUUCAGCCGGCAAGGUUUCAGCCCAGACCAGGGCCUAGUGAUUCUGCCACAUUCAUAAGUAGGCCUGCAGAUAGAGCCAGUUCAAUGAAGGGGUACAGGUCUUUGGACUUUCAGCUGGCAGACAGAUUGGGUGAGGGAACUGGUGUGGAGUCUAGAGAAAGAUCUCACACCUCUAGGUCGAGAGACGGAUCUCUUCCUGCUAAGAGAUUCAGAGGAGAGUUCAUUGUGCUGGACAAGUACAGCAGUGAAAGUGAUACCUCCUUGGCCACCAGCUCUGACAGUGGGUCUUCCCUAGCAAGCAGCUCUGAGAUUGGGAGUGACUCCUCCGUGAGUCAGAGUUCCUCUAGCAAUAGCACCGUCCAGUACAGCACUGGCAGUGAAUCAUCCCUAGAUGAUAUUGGUGACUGCAGUGUGGCUACACCAGCUGUGGAGGCAGGGGGGCAUGAACCCAAAGGGACACCAGAGCUGUUGGGAACUUUGUAAGUUUCUGUCUUAUAUUGAGCAUUUCAGAAGUCAUGCAAAUAACAGAAUUACUCUCUUCCAUUUCUGCUUUGUUUGAAAUAAACGCUUGGCACUUGCAGAAUGCAUUCUUGUGGCUUUAAACUAACAUACAAUGCUUGACAU